ACUGACUCUAACCCUAACUGUAAACCCAUUAUAACUGCAAAAAAAGUCAAACCAAUUGUCGUCCAAAAAGUGUCCCAAAAAACAUGUCCGCAAAAGACACGUCCGAACCCACGCCGAAGACAAUCCCCGCCAGCGAUGGUUGGGUGGAAGUGUUGGGCGACAACGGGGCCCACUAUAGGGCACAUGUGGUCGAUGUGAUGGACGGCCAGCGUCUGAAUGGCGGCCAUCAGGCCAUGGGUUCGGCCGUCAGAGAAGCGCCGCAAUUGACGCUCGCCUUUGAACACAAUUGGCACAAAAUGGAGACCUUUCCCGUCACUCGCGUCCGAUUACCGCCGAUGACCGCUACCGCCGACACUACCAAUCGCUCCGACUAUACCAUCGGUCAGCCCGUGGAAGUGCUGACCACCGCUCAAGAGGGCGAACAUCCGGGCCUAUGGAAGGCACUCAUCAAAGAUGUUAAAGGCGACUUCUUUGUGGUCUCGUAUGCGGCCAACGCUUCCAAUGAUGGCAAAGGAGGCGACGCGCAGACCAAUCACAUGUCCGACAUCGUGACCAAAGAGCAGAUCCGACCGAUGAAUACGAAUCCAUACCUAAAGACGAGCCCAUUCUUCAAGUUUGUGAUGAAAGUGCCCAAAGAAUUAGUUGAUAUGAACGCAGCGAUGGUUCAGAGGAGUCAAACGCAUCAACACUUCCGUACGGCGUUGUCGUUGGUUUCGGUGACUUUCGUGGAUCACAUGAAUAUACUGGUGUGCGUCGGGUUCGCCGCCGAACCCACCGAACACUUGCGCUCUAUUGUCGAAAAACGAGCUCUGCUUUUGGCGGACAUUCACUUCCGAUGUCUGCGACAAUCGUUUCAAUUGAUGGCAAACGUGAAGGCGUUGACGGAUCAAAGGGACAGUUUGGACGACGUUAUCAAACACAACGACAACGGCUUCGAGAUGUAUGUGGAAGUGGAACAGCAUUUGAUCGGUUUGGCCAUCGGUUCCAAGGGAUCCAAUUUGAAGCGAGUGCUCACAACACCCGGAGUCGUGUCCAUCACUCACAAAGACGGCGUCUUUCACGUAUUGAGCGCUGAGUUUAUAUCAUAUGAAAGGAUAGUGAGAGAGGACUCAGUGAUGGGUCGCUAUGGAGACGGCUUUUGGGAUAGAUUUGUAUUCUUUGAGUAUUAUAUCGCGGCAUAUAUUCAUGAAACGAUGAAAACGAUGGCCGAAGUGGCAAAUGUUGAGCGAAACGCGGAGACAAAGCCGUCGACGAGUAAUGAACACCAGAAGCCGAGAAGCGGUGGCAAACGGGAGGACUCGUUGAGUGUUGUGGGCGUAGAGCUGAUCGACUCGAUGGCCACCAAUCCGUUUGUGGACCGCGUAUUCAAAGCGGCCAUAACUAUGGUAUUGUUUCUGCUGUUGAGUGGUGUCCUGUGGUGUAUAUCCAAAAUCCAGACCCGUUUCAGUGAUGUCUUGGAACAGAUUGCUGUCACUGUAUUCAUACUAACACUUGUGGUGUUCGCUGUGUCCGGACUGGUGUUCAUGUGCUCUAUACUACUGAUCAGCACAUCUAGUGAUAGAAACACUACCACUGAAGUCAAGAAUAAUAUCAACAAUAAUAUGGGAGACAAUAAUGUUUAA